GGAGCUUUAGAUCACGCACACUCUCCCCGUGACCUCGAGACUGUGCAGCAACGACCUCAUCCAGAUCUAGGUAGUGGCGCCCGCUGUGUGCUUUGAUGUUCUUUGAUGUGCUUUGAUGCAGGGCGCGAACGCCUGUGGUGACACGUCCCGUCUGUGGUGGGAUGAGGGCGUGAGACAGACAAGACUCAGACAGGCAACUCGUAGCUUUCUUCGCAGGUACAACCGAGUGAGCGUGACAUGCUUAGAUAUCGAUGUACAUGGAUGCUGUCUUCCUGCUGAUGGCCCUGCUGUGGUAUUGGCCAUGACGGCAUCUCGACAGCUUCAGCUCACUUUCUGUCUGUCGACGGCACCAAGUAUAUUUGACCGGCCAGCAGUUCACUCGUGUCUAUCUGGCCACUCGUAUGUGCUGACGUAUGCCUCCUAUUAUGUGCAUGUCUUACAGGCACGUCCAAAUCAAGAUUCAAGAUUGAGGCUGUGCAGAAGCUUGCGCUCGGAGGAAAGUGGAAGAACGGCUGCACCGUAUCUGCCAGGGCAGCACACCACAAUACACGCACGUGAAAAUGAUUGCCUCCACGCUCAUGGCUCGACGUCCAAACUGAUCGCUGACCUAUCGAUAUCGUAAUCGAUAGACGAUCAAGCCCACAAAUAUCCGGCAUCUCCGCAAUGAUGUUCAAAAUAGCCAAGCCGGCUGUUGAGGCUACACGUUAGCUGCAGUCUAGUUGCCGGACUGCGAGCACGUCAUCUGAUCUUUGCGCAACGAAUGUCUUCAGGAAAGCCAUGAAUUUUCGCAACAUCUAGGCCAAAGCAGAGAUUGAAGUCACAAUAGAGACGUUUGGAUUGUUUUUGAAUCAUUAUUUGGAGGCGUAACGUCCCCUCCGGUGUGGCAGAACAUCGGUAGUGCUCCCACCAUAACAAAGUCAACCAAAGU